AUGGCCAGCGAGGCGAAGCAAGAGACCAACCGGAGCGACCCCGACGUCGUCCGGCUCGGCCCCAAGUUCGCGCCGGGCACGUGGUUCUGGCAGGAGGCGCCGGCGCCCGCCCGGAAGGGCGCGAGGGCGAAGCCGCCGCGCUGGGUCCAGUACGAGCAGGACCAGGCCAACCGCCUCGAGUGGUGCCACCAGGCCGGCGUCCAGCGCGUCGUCUUCUGCCGCGACGACGACUGGGUGGAUUUGAGGGAGAUGGUCCGGAGCGACGGGCGCCGCGUCCGGCGCGACGCGCCGCCCGAGGCGGCGCCGGUCCCGCGCGGGCCGCGGUCCUACGAGGGCGACGAGGCGGCCGCGCCGGCGCCGGCGGCCGCGCCGGCGCCGGCGGCCGAGGCGGCGGCGCCGGCGCCGCCGCCCGCGCCCUGGGACGUGCCCGUCAACGGGCGCGACUCGAUCCCGGCCUACAUGCGCAACAAGCCCGCGGACCCGUCGAAGGUGUCCGAGGUCGGCUACCCCUACUGGUGCACGGGCAGCGGCGCCCCGCCCGAGCUGCUCGAGAAGCUCGCGGCGGAGCUCGAGGCGUCCUACAAGGAGCCGGUCAAGUGGGAGGACCCCUGGGUCUACCGGCCGACCGAGGAGUACGUCCCCGACCGCGUCGAGGUCGACCCGGUCCCCGAGUGCCUCAAGGAGCUCUUCGACGAGGCCAAGAACCCGUGCGACAUGCCGUCGGCCUACUAAGCACCUAGGCCC